AUGGCCGUGAGGGCGCCGCUGGAGGCCCUCUCCCGCGAGCGCCUGGUGGAGCGCCAGGCGUCCGAGCUCGUGGAGCUGCGGAGCCUGGCGUCGGCCCCCCCCAGCGCCCUGCGCCGCCUGGCGCUAGUGGCGCCCGUGCUGAUCGCCCAGGAGCACGGCGGGCCGCUGGAGGAGGAGCGCAUCCUCGAGCGCAAUGUGGGGUGCCACGCGCGGGCCCUCCCGCGGCCCGGCGCUCCGCGGGCCGCCUGGAGGAGGGCGCAGCGCGGGCCGCGCCUCCCGUGCCCGAGGUCGGCCGUAGCGGCGAGCUCAGCGGAGGUGGAGCCGCGGGCCGCGGGCGCAGAUGCCAUUCACGUCGCUGAUUUUGAAGCGGAGCUCUUGGCGGAGGCUGACGCCCAGGCGAGCGGCGCUGCGCCCCCUCCCCCGCCAGGCGUUUGGCUGGGCGCUGACCCGCUGGCAGGGGCGAGGACCUUCCGGGAGGGCUUCGACGCGGGCUGGCGCCUUGCUGGGACGGCCUCCGGCGCUCCGUGGGGCGGCGACGGCGGGGUGCUGCAGGAGCAGUGCGUCCCCUCCUCGUCCUUCCGUGGCGUUUGGGAGGUCUGCAGCGGCGGUGCGUGCGGCGACGGGCAGGCUGCCCCUGCCGCCAGGGCAGAGCCUGGCCCUCCCCGUGGGGGGUUUUGGAGGGCAGGCGCGGCGAUGGAGGAGGACGGCAGGGCCGCCCUCCAUGCGCCGUGCCGUGCGUUCGAUGGCGUGCAAGGCGGUACUGCAGGCGAGAGAGCGCCGCGGCCGCCGCUGCUUCUGGAGAGCCUGGCGGGCCCAGGCAGCGACGACGGCUUCGAUGACGGCUUUGUGGGCGGCCCUGUCGGCGGCGGCACGCCCGACGGCCACGUCCUGGGGUAUCGGGGCCGCUUCGGCGCGGCGGUGCUGGGCGGCGGCGCGGCCGUGGAGCUGGAGAGGGGCGCCGCUGGUUCCGGGCGGGCCGCCGCUGCGGCGAGUGCCGAGCGGUGGCCCGCUCGGCACUCGCCGCGGUGGCUGCUGCGGCUCGCGGGCCGCUUUCGGGAGUGGAAUCGCUCCUGGACCUCGCCGAAGGCCGCGCUGAGGAUUGGCUUCUGCAGC